CUCAAGCGCGCUCAUUCGUCGGCCGGCCGGCGCAGCACUCGCACCAUGGCGUAUUUAAAGACGGCGUUUGUUCUGUUGCUCGCCAGCUCGAUGCUCAAACUGAGGGUUUUCUCCAGGGCCAUGGCGAGCUUCAACCCCGCCGUGUUCGCGACCCACGAGGUGGUGCCUGAUGUGAUUUCCAAGGCGCCUGAAGCUGCCGUCUCGGUGGAGUACCCGAGCGGCGCGGUGGUGUCCCACGGCAACGUGCUGACGCCCACGCAGGUGAAGGACGUCCCCACCGUGGCGUGGGACGCCGCCCCGGACGCCUUCUACACGCUCGCCAUGACCGACCCAGACGCCCCGUCCCGCAAAGAGCCCAAAUUCCGCGAGUGGCACCACUGGCUGGUGGGCAACAUCCCGGGCGCGGCGGCGGCGGCCGGAGACACGCUGUCGGCCUACGUGGGCUCGGGCCCGCCGCCCGGCACCGGCCUCCAUAGAUAUGUGUUCCUGGUGUACAAGCAGCCCGGGAAACUGAGCUUCGAUGAGCCUAGGCUGACUAAUACAUCCGGUGACAACCGCGGAGGGUUCUCGAUCAGCAAGUUCGCGAAGAAGUACAACUUGGGCGACCCUAUCGCCGGCAAUUUCUACCAGGCAGAGUAUGACGACUACGUCCCCAUCCUUUACAAGCAACUUGGCGCUUAAAAAGGGGGGUUUUUAGAGGUACGCUGCAAUAUUCUUGAAUCAGCUAACGUUUAUAAAAUGAAGGUUUUCAAAGGUGUUAUGAUAUAACAGAUCCCUUUGGGAUAACUGGUUCAAGAAGUUUUGCAUGCGAUCUACACGAUAAAAAGACUAUAACUUGCAAUAUAUUUUAGACAUAAGUAAAAGUGCUCAUUCUCAUCAUAAUAAUACGAUAUCAUAUUAUUGUUAACUUGGUCAAUUUCAAAACGCAACGGUAUAGAAUAUUGUGCCUUUUUAAAUGAACAUUAUAGGUAUCAAUUUAAGGCUGAAAGUGUAUAGAAUUCCUAUGAAAUUCAAUUUAUUUGUUACACAGCAUUUAAUCCCUUUAUGAGAUAAACAUUUAUUUGUUUUUGAGAAGAAUAUUCCUCUUAUGUAGUACCAUACAUUUUUUACUAGUUUUUUUGUUUCAUAAUCAUUUUACUACCUAUUUUAUAAGUUUCACCGGUUUGGUAAUAAACGAUUUAAAAU